AAAAACAUUCAGCGUUAAAUCCGAAAAGUGGUUAUAGUGUGCAAUCCCUUGAAUUAAUCGUUAAAUGUUAUACUUCAGUUGAGUAGGGAAUGUGGUAGCUACAUAUUCAGUAUCCAGGGUUAUGUAUUAUUGAUGCAUUUUAUGGUGUACAGACAACACAGCGGCUUUAGGCAAAGCAGGUCCAAUACAAUGUUAUUCGUCGAGCUGCUAUGGGUUAUUAAAUUUGUAUAAAAACGUUAUACGUGUUGGUAUAAACUGAUGAGUAUAGGGUGUCACCCCACACUGGGAUUUACCAGAGCCUAAAAGGUUGGCUUGUGUUGAAAAUGUCGCAGCGCUUUGCUCUCGGGCAAAUGCAUUGGCUGCGUAAGCAGGCUGUUACGCUAGAUAGGAAGACUUUGGCCGUUUGGACCCCAGAAAGGCAAGUUAAGACAGUUCUCGUAAAAACACGUGCAGGUUAUGUACAAUUUUCACAUCUAUACUGCUAUAAGGAAAAAGGUAUAAACAUAGAGGCCAUCUAUACUCACGUUGCCCGAAGCAGUUGCACGGCCAUGUGGAAUACUUGGGGGGAUAUAUUAUGCAUUUCUGUUACGUCUUAUCGUGAAUUGAAUAUUGUAUUGGUGUGUCUUCUCUAAUGUACCCAGCCAUAAAUCCAUUUUCUCUGAAUUGCCUUGAAGCAGGCGACUGUUUUAUUUGUGCUACAUUUGUGGAUCUAUUUUCAUAUUUCAACAACUGUGCAACGCGACACACUAUUAUCACUCGACCAAUAAUGAUUAAUGUUUUAAAUCAAGGUUUUGGACCACUCGUAAGAGCUUAUUUUUUUUCUUGUAUCUGUCCGCUGAAAAAAAGCCUUCCCGAAAAAGUAGGCGGUAAUUAUCAGUGGAAAAUGGCGAUCAGCUAUUAGCCGCUAAAGGGGUACCAACGAUUGGUGGGGCACCUGGGAUUGAUGAGAAGCAGUGGCCAAUGAAACUGCGGUAAAUGAAUGACCGGGCUCCAGUUAAAGGGGGCGUAAGAGGAGGUACUGCCAGUCCACUGAGAAAGAGGGACCCUCCGAGAUAAACACAGACAAGCGAAAGAAAUAAACAUUCCAAUCCGAGAUGCUGCAAGGAUCCGCAUUCUGGGUGAGGAAGAACCUAUAAGAUAAUUAUUCAAUCUCCUUGGUUUUUAAAAAAAAAUACCAACAAUACUACAUUUUUAAGAAGAAAACGCAAAGGGAGCCGCUUCAACUCGUUUCAUGGGAUUUUGAGCUACAAGUUAAGUACGAGAAAAUAGACGUGCUCAUUGAGGCAGAAUAUACACCGUUUUUAUACUAGCGGAUAAUAGCGCUGAACUUCGCCUGAUGAAGUGUUUUCGUGUUUGGAAGUUGACACUUCCAUAACUGCCGAGGCAUUUGAUUUAUUUUACAACAGAUUGAACAGUUGUAAAAAGACUCAAUCGAAGAUAAUUUUCAUUUCUUGAGAAAUCAUGUUACUGGACGCUGGUCACCAGUUCCCUGGGUUGGGAGUUGGCACGUUUGCAAGGCAUCAUUCAACCAGCGAAAUGCAGGACAGAGAUUUGAGUUUAGCACAAAAUAGCUUCGUCGAUACGGCACACAUGGGUGCCUUCAAACUGAACCACGAUAUCUCUCCCGGGCAGAGCUCUGCGUUCACCUCGCAGGCUCCAGGUUACCCCGCUGCGGCUCUUGGUGCGCAUGCAGCUCAUGUCACAUCGUAUGCCAGCUCGCCUUUUAACUCAACAAGGGACUUUCUGUUUCGUAGCCGGGGCUUUGCAGAAUCGUCUCCGGCCAGCAGCCAACAUGCAAUCUUCGGCCCCACAGCAGGGUCACUGCAUCACUCUCAUACAGACAGUCAGGGUCACAUUUUGUUUCCCGGGAUCCACGACCAGCAUGGGUCUCACAGCUCACCAAACGUGUUGAACGGGCAGAUGCGACUAGGACUACCGGGGGAAGUUUUCGGGCGAUCCGAUCAAUAUCAUCAGGUAUCCAGCCCGAGGACCGACCCUUACUCUGCCGCCCAACUGCACAACCAGUAUGGCUCCAUGAAUAUGAACAUGGGGAUGAACAUGGCAGGGCAUCACCAUCACCCGGGUGCCUUCUUCCGCUACAUGAGGCAGCAAUGCAUCAAGCAAGAGCUCAUCUGCAAGUGGAUCGACCCGGAGCAGCUCAGCAACCCAAAGAAGAGUUGCAAUAAAACUUUCAGUACCAUGCACGAGUUGGUCACCCACGUCUCCGUGGAGCACGUCGGGGGGCCAGAGCAGAGCAACCACAUCUGUUUCUGGGAAGACUGCGUCAGAGAAAGCAAACCAUUUAAAGCCAAAUACAAGUUGGUCAACCACAUUCGAGUGCAUACGGGCGAAAAACCGUUUCCAUGCCCAUUUCCUGGAUGUGGCAAGGUCUUCGCACGGUCGGAAAAUUUGAAGAUUCACAAGCGAACACAUACAGGUGAGAAACCAUUCCAGUGUGAAUUUGAGGGCUGUGACCGACGCUUCGCGAACAGCAGCGACCGAAAGAAGCACAUGCACGUUCACACCUCCGACAAACCCUAUCUUUGUAAAAUGUGUGACAAGUCAUACACUCACCCCAGCUCCCUACGAAAGCACAUGAAGGUCCAUGAAGCCUCUCCGCCGCCCGCACAAGACUCGUCGCCCGCGGCCAGUUCCGGUUACGAGUCCUCCACACCCCCCGGUCUGGUGUCCCCCUCCACCGAGACGCAAAGCAACAAUCUGUCUCCUGCGUCAGCGGUGCACAACAACAACGGCCACAGCAGCCUAUCGUCCAAUUUCAGUGAGUGGUAUGUUUAGGACUGUGGCCACAGCGCAAAACCAAUUCAGAAAGCAGCAAGACAAAGGAAGAUCCGGGCAGGCUUGUAAAAAGGAACCAAUGUAUACUAUACGAACGCUAUUACACUAAGCGCUAUAACACGGCACCAUGGAGGAUCAGCGCUAAACAACAGAGUGAUUUGCGCUAAACAUGUAUAGGCCAACACUAUUUUGUAAAUAAUUAUUACACACCCUCUCUCCCAAUGGUUGUAAUAGAUUUUGUCAGUUUUUGGUGUAUAGAUGUUCCUUCAAUGGUAGCUAUUUCUCUUACUGGACUUUUUAGUGCACAUAUUAUGGAUACAAGUUGUAUAAUGAUGUUAAAUAUUGUGAUCCUGUUGAGGCAAACUGAUUGUAACUAAACAUCUAUAAGCAGGAAGGAGUGCCAAAGUCAACACUUAACUAAACAAGACACAAUAUUUGCUUGUGAAUGUAUAUUUUAGUUCGCUGGGCUUAACUUGUGACGUUUUGUGCUUUGCAAGUUUGAAUUGUGAAAUACUAUUUGGAAGAUUGUGAGGAAAAUCAACGUCGUGCCGUUCAAUUUUCUGUAACUACAACUUCCUUUUGUAAAUAUCGACUGCCAUAUUUAUCCAUUUGUAAUUAAAUUAUGGUAUUUACUUGCUACAGAUGAAACAAUAUUUAUAAAGAAUGUUUCUUUACUAUAAAUAUGUAAAAUUAUGAGCUGAACUCGGGCAGUUGUUUUGUUAAGUGUUUUUGUUCAAAGUUUAAGAGGUGUUUUCUCCAUUAUUGUGAUAAGAAUUUUACUGCAUACAAAUAUAAUAAAAAUGUGUUGCAAGUGUU